AUGGGGUCCUCCCUUGAUCAAACAAUCACCGAAAAAUACUCGAAACUCCCACACCUCGAGCUCAAUCCCACAGCCAAACAAACCAUCCUCCUUAUCCACGGUGCCACAGGCACUGGCAACAGCUGGGAUCUCGUAACACCUCACCUCCCAGGGUACCACCUUCUAGCACCAGAUCUACCUGGCCACGGCAUAGCAAAACACCACCACUUCUCCAUUGCUGAAGCCGCCGAUGCACUGCACGCUCUAAUUCUCAAUCGCGCACACAAUGGUGUAGCUUAUGUGGUAGGCUUCAGCCUUGGUGCCCAUGUAGCAAUGCACCUAGUCUCCCACUACCCUAACAUCGCAAACUGUGUUUUGGUAUCUGGAUUUCAGGUUUUUGCUACCACGGCUUUUUCUGCUUAUUUGCCGUAUGCCGUUUGGUUGGAGCAGCGAUUGGAGUAUCCGAUUCCUCGCUCGUGGAUAAGGUGGGCCAUGGAUGGUAUCGAUAUGCCUCGCACGGAUCUGAAAAUGUGUACGGUGGAGUACUAUCGUCAAGUCUUUGCUGCCACAGACGAGGCUGAGAAAUGGCCUAAGCCGUGGCCUGCAAGGACUCUUGUUAUUGCAGCAGGAAAAGGUGGUUUGAUUCCUUCGAAUGAUCGGCCGCAGGAUGCAAAGAAGUUGGCUGGGAUUGGGCGUGAGGCAAACACUGCUACCAGAGCAGUUAUGCAUCCUGAUAUGAGACAUCCCUGGAUCUGGCAGGCUCCAAAGUUGUUUGCAGAAACAACAAAGCUGUGGUUUGAGCGGGAAGCUGUUCCAGCUGGCUUUGUUUCCCUAGAGUAG